AUGAGAUUUGAGAAGUCUGUUGUUCCCAUAGCCGUUUUUGCUUCUUUGGGAUCUUCUUUGGUGAUUCCAGAGCUUUCUGGAGGCUCUAAGAUGCCAUGCCGUUCUAAGGAAAAGCAUACUACGCAAGAAUUACCUGCAGAGAAGGAUGUCAGCACGCAGGACAGGUUCGGCAAUGGCGACAAGCACAAGAAACUUGGGCAAAAAGCUGACACGUUGCAGUUCCAAGAGGCGCCAUUUCCGCUAGCCCCUAUGGUCAUGUCUGGCACCGCGAGUGACAAGAUUUUGCCACAUCGCUACAUCGUUGUGUUGAAGAAGGGUGCGUCUCGUGAGGAAAUUGACUUCCACAAGGAGCUGAUCAGCGAAGUUCAGUUGCAAUCCGCUCGUCAGCUGGAUGAUAAGGAUCCUUUCUUUGCGUCGACUGCUGACGCGGAAAAUUGCGCUGUGGCAACUGGAGGUAUCCAGGAUUCUUUUGAUAUUGCAGGCCUCUUGAACGGCUACGUUGGAUACUUCACCGAUGCGGUGGUGGAUCUGAUCCGUUUGAGUCCAUUGGUCGAGUUUGUUGAGCGUGACUCGAUGGUUCAUGCUUCCGAGUUCGACACCCAAAAUGGUGCCCCUUGGGGUUUGUCCCGUAUCUCCCACAGGGAUCGCUUGAACCUGGGUAGUUUCAACAAGUAUUUGUACGACGAUGAAGGUGGUAAAGGCGUCACUUCCUAUGUGAUCGACACCGGUAUCAAUGUAGACCACAAGGACUUUGGUGGUAGAGCCAAAUGGGGCAAAACGGUUCCGCUGAAUGACGAAGAUGUUGACGGUAACGGUCACGGUACCCACUGUGCUGGUACCAUUGCAUCCAAGCACUACGGUGUCGCUAAAGCUGCGAACGUUGUUGCUAUCAAGGUCUUGAGAUCGAACGGUUCAGGAUCCAUGUCUGAUGUCAUCAAGGGUGUCGAGUUUGCUGCUCAAUCGCAUCAGAAGAACGUCAAGGAGAAGAAGAAAGGCUUCAAGGGCUCCACCGCUAACAUGUCCCUGGGGGGCGGCAAAUCGCCAGCUUUGGACAUGGCUGUCAAUGCCGCUGUGAAAGCUGGUAUCCACUUCGCCGUCGCUGCCGGUAAUGAGAACCAAGAUGCCUGUAACACUUCCCCAGCAGCCGCUGAAAAUGCUAUCACUGUUGGUGCUUCUACAUUGAGUGACGACAGAGCUUAUUUCUCGAACUGGGGUAAGUGUGUCGAUAUCUUUGCUCCUGGUUUGAACAUUCUAUCCACCUAUAUUGGCUCAGACGAUGCCACCGCCACUCUAUCGGGUACUUCCAUGGCUUCGCCUCACGUUGCUGGCUUGUUAACUUACUUCCUAUCCUUACAGCCAGACUCCGACAGUGACUUCUUCAGUGCUGCAGGUGGCGUCACCCCAGAGCUACUGAAGAAGAAACUAAUCGCCUACAGUACCAACGACAUCCUUUACGACUUGCCAGAGGGCACACCAAAUGCGCUAGUCUACAACGGAGGUGGUCAUGACUUGAAGAGGUUCUGGGGCGGCAAGGACAAGGGGGUCGCGUCGGCACAGCCCAACGAUAGAUUCCAAGAUUUUGACUUGCAGGAUAUGGUCGACAAUCUGGGUUCCAAGACCGAUGCAUUGUUUGACCAAGUGAGAAAUGUUCUUGAUAAAUUGAACAUUAUCUAG